GAAUAUUUUUGAACUAGGAUGGUGAAUGCAAAUAAAGUGAUUUUAACCUCAGCGUGCCUUAAAAACAAAAUUUCUGUGCGUGUGGCAAAUUUUACAACUUGACGGAGCGUUCACGUAGUUUACAAUGAGUUCAGAGGAUGAAGACCGUCAAAUCCUCAGCCUGGAUUGUUUGGCUCACUUCAACAUGGAGCUGUACUACUUUUCCGAGAUACUGGAUAGUUUCUCAAGCGACUCUCCUCAACUUGAUCACACCACUGUGAACUAUCUCGUAAAGAUCGUGAAGAUUGUUGACCGUCUCCUGCACCGACAGGAAGUUGAGAAGGUUUACGGAUCUGCGCCUCUGGUCGUCAAAGAUUUUGAGAAUGUUACUUUGCAGAGGACUUUCCUGUGUGAGUCCUGCAAGGCAGUUAUACCAUUUCUCUGGACUGACUUUCAGGAGCACUUGGAAGAGUGCGGCCAGGGAGCAGUUGGCGGGAAGAAGAUCAAGGCAAAGGGUAAUCCGAGAGCGAAAUUGAGUGAACAGCAAUCUUUGGUUGGUGGCUCAAAAGCCCCAAACGAGGCUGUGAAACUUCAAAGACUCCCCUUGUUCCGUGAAAGUCCCUCUAAUCACUUGAAUGAGCCAAGCAGCAAGAAACCUGUGGUGGAUUCUGUGCUCAAGGAGGCCAAGAUGAAGGAGAUCAAGAAGGAGAUUAAGGAGAUCAAACAUGAGUUUAAGAAGGAACUGAAAGAGUGUAAGAAAGAGCUGAAGGAGUGCAAUAAGGAGCGGAAAGAAAUAAAGAAGAUGGCAAAGGAGGGUGAGAAGAAAGAUGCGAAGAAAGCGAAGAAGACAUUUGCACUACAGAAAAGACCAAUAUGGCUGCUGAACAAUGUUGAGGAGACGAUAUACCAGAACAUGGCUAUCGGCGAGAAAAUCAUCAAUUUGACCGUGUACAAAACAAUAAGUGAGGACCUGGAAAAGAUACUGUCGAAAGAGUUCCCAGAAGUGAAGGUCUAUGUAUUUGGAAGUCGCAAGACCGGCUUGAGCACCGAUUUGGGCGACUUGGAUCUCUUUGUGGAUGUCAACAACUAUUACAACGCGCCGCUGAAGAACAAGGAGAAAGUCGUGAACAUCAUUGAGAAGGUGCGAGAGUGCUUGUCUCCCUCAAAUUCAGAAUGGAGCAAGUUGGUGCCCAUUAUGAAUGCUCGGACGCCGAUAUUGAAGGCGUUCAAUAUGGCUUACAAGAUACCCUGCGAUCUGUCCUUCACCAGCGGUCUGUCGCACAUCAACACGUCGCUGAUUCGAUAUUUGCUCACGCUGCAGCCCGACUGCCAUCGCGUGGCGUGCUUCGUGAAGGCCUGGUACAAGUCUAUUUUCGUGAGCACAUACGAAAGCAACAAAUUAUCCAGCUACAUGAUCACAAUCCUGGUGGUUUUCUUCAUGCAAACCAUCAAUCUAUUGCCGCCCAUCUUUUAUCUGCAGAACACCGUGGAGAAACCUCUGAUGAUCGGACAUUGGCAGGGAGACUUCAAGAAGCCCACUCUCAGUGAACUGAACCUGCUGAUGUCCAAUGAUCCAAAGCUAAUCCUCACCGGCUUCUUCCACUUCUACAGCACUUUUGACUUCAAGAACCUCGUGGUGUGUCCACUGCUGGGCAAGCCGAUCGAGAGGAAGCUCUUCGAAACCCCUGAACUCUUGCCGCAGGAAAUGGCGCGCUACAAGGAGUUUGUUAAGCAACUGCCUCCAGUUCCCGAGAGCGCGAAGGAUCUCUUGGUAACUGACACCGUAAUGUGCGUGCAGGAUCCUUUGGAACUCUGUCACAAUCUGGCCAAAGGGAUACAUGAAGAUAUGUAUGAAAAAUUCACCUCUCUCUGCGCGAAAUCACUCGCAGUCUUGCUUCAGAAGUAGUGAAGGAAGUAGUGAACUCACACGUGAAUUCCUUAACUUUAUUUUACAAGAAUUCUUUCCUAUGAAUA